GAUGCCUUGGUGUCGCGGGGGGAUGACGUAGCGGCCCCCGCCGUUGCCUGGUGAUGGGGUCCGAGCAGAGCGCCGAGGCUGAGGGCCGCCCUCACGACCCUGCGACAGCAUCUCCUUCACCAGCCAAGCAACGAGCUAAAAUGGAUGAUAUUGUGGUGGUGGCCCAAGGGACUCAGGCAUCACGGAAUGUCAGCAGUGACCCAGAUGUCAUAAAACUACAAGAAAUCCCCACUUUCCAACCUCUGUUGAAAGGUGGCACUGUUUCCCACCUCUCUGAUGCAUAGCAGUUCUGUUGGAGAACUUCAAAAAUAAAAAACAAC